CACAGUAACCGCGCGCGCACACCGAGUCUCAGCCGCCUGCCCGCCAGCUCCGCUCUGCUCUUCUCCUCUCGCUUCAGCCUCUGAACGUUUUUGCCUUCUCCGUUGCUUACUUUGCAGGCUGCGUAACGAUUACGUCUCGUUUGAGGUGGACGAGACCGAGAUCCGAGACGAGGAGAGAGAAGAAAGGAAAGAUGGAGAGCCGGAGAAAGUUGGAAGCAGUGUUAACGAGUGUGUUAGAAGAAGAAGAAACACUCUUGACUGGGUUCAGGCUCAUUUCCCAGUAGCUCUGUGACUCUGUAGCAGAGUAGAGGACACACAUGCUCAGCUUCAUUACCUGCUCUGUUUUGACCUUCUGCUGUUGAACUGAUAACCAGUGAUGCAUCUCCCAUAAAGCAUUGCCCUGUUGAUACCCGCUGCUCAACUGCUGCCAAAUGCUUUGGCUUCCUUUUCCUCCAUUUAUCAUCUAUCCAUUCAUCCUAAAACCUGGUCUUCUCAUCCAGCCACCCACGCCCAGUCUCUGGAACCCCUCCAGGUUUAUCCUUUCGAUCCUUCAGGCUAGUCAGACUGUCCAGGACUGUCUGACUGUGUAUCAUUUAUCCAUCUGCCUGCGUGAAACAUUUAAUCCAUCUGCAGGAACCCUUAAAGUGCAAAACACACUGCCACUGCAGCGCCGUGGUGUGUCAAGCAUAGACGGAUUACCACAUGGGCAAAGUGGGCACAUGCCCAGGGCCCUGGAGCCAAUGGGGGCCCUUGGCCUGGUCAACAUGGAGAAACGUGUGCCUAGUGGGUCUGCAAAGCAUAAACUCUGGUUAUUGAUAAGUUAUCCAGCUGUCUUGGCAGCAGACUCGAUGCAUACAAGCACCUAUGUGAUGUGUUUCAUGCCAGAGACUGCAUCGGACAGUGAAGUAAUUGACAAAGCAAACACGUUUUCCUCUGCCUAUCUGUCUGAUUUGGACAGAAGUCUUGCUGAUGAACUGAUCCACUUCAGAUCUUUCAUCAGACCUGCCGGACUGAACAUGCCUCCAUCAAAACUCCUGAGCUCCAUUGUGGAUUACAGCCAACAUUUCCUAACGUAUAUGCUGUGUUGAUACUGUAUCUGACGCUUCCUGUCAGCAACUGCGAGGGAAAACGGCCCUUUUUGCAAAUGUCCAGGAGUAAAAAUAAGCUAAGGACAAGGAUGAUACAGAGACACCUGAACAUGUUGUCACUCAUGGCCAUUGAAUCAGAACUUGUUUGAUGACUUGAUCAAUGACUUCUCUUCAAAGAAGGCCCAAGCACCAGUAGGAAACAUCGCGCCGCAGCAUGUCAACAGGAAGACCACACACAGCGCGGGACAACAAAAUGCCAUGUCAGCAGCAAGAGGUGAGGAGAGGAAGUUGCCAUGGGAGCAGAGCAGAAGAAGAGCUGCUACGGGAGCCAGGAUCUGUUUAGGGCCACAGGUUCAGCAGAGAGGGGCAGCAGCGAGUCCUUCCAGCAUGUCAGGAGGUGGUAAUGCCUGCCAAACAUCCAAGAAGAUGUAUCGCCUGAAGAUCCCCGUCUCUCUGCAUCUCUCCCUCCCAAUCCAUCCAUUUGUCAUUCGCUUCCUUCGCCGUCUCUCCAGCAUGUCACUGAAGGUCCAGACCAGUAAUGUGACCAACAAGACUGACCCAAAAUCUAUCAACUCACGGGUGUUUAUCGGCAACUUGAACACAGCGGUGGUGAAGAAGUCCGACGUCGAGAGUAUCUUCUCCAAGUAUGGCCGGGUGCUGGGCUGCUCCGUGCACAAGGGGUACGCCUUCGUCCAGUACGCCAGUGAGAGGCACGCCAGGGGGGCUGUGAUUGGGGAGAACGGCAGGGUGCUGGCCGGACAGACGCUGGAUAUCAACAUGGCAGGAGAACCAAAGCCAAACAGAUCUAAAGGCCAGAAGCGAUCAGCUGCUUCUCUCUACAGUGGCUAUGAGUUUGACUACGACUACUACAGAGAAGACUUCUAUGACAGGUUGUUUGAGUACCGUGGCAGGGUGUCUCCGGUCCCUCGGGUGGUGCCCGUCAAACGCCCACGGUUGGCGGUGCCUCUGGUACGACGGGUAAAAUCUCUGCCAGUCAAACUGCUGGCACGAAACACCUCUGUCCUCCCCACCAGCAACGGCAACAAACAGAGAUCAGUGAAAGGUACAGAGCUCCAGGCGAUCAAGUCAGAGCUGACUCAGAUUAAAGCCAACAUCGAAGCUUUGCUGGGCAGACUGGAGCAGAUCACAGAAGACACACACUUUACCGCCACAGAGCUGAGGAAGUCAGACGACUGUAAGAGCGAGAAGGCGUGGCAGGACGGGGAGGAGUCGAGCUCGGACCUGGAGGACGAGGAGGAGCAGAGACAGAACAGUGAGGCUGAAGAGGAAGACGAAGAGGAGGAAGAAGAGGAGGAGGAAGAGGAGGAGGAGGGAGAACACACACAGGACGACACCGACGACCACAUGGAGAACAGUCGCCUAUCAUCAGAGAUGGACUCCAUUCACCCAUGAGAGGAUCUCUUUCUUUUACAGGAGCUAAACCCCUCUGGCUCUCUUGUCAUUUGAACACUGGUUUUGAGGCACUGUGUAGGUGUUAUUCUUUUCAUCUUAUAUUAGCUGUUUCUUAAUAUCCUUGCACUUGCUUUUGAUGCAUGUAUCUUACCCUCCGAUUUGGGUAAAGAGACCCUUUUAAUACAAUUUAACAGGGUCUGAAAUCUAAUGUUCACAGGUCCUUGAAAAAGGAACUGUUGGGGAACUUUGUAAGAAACAUGAAAACAUGAAUUGAAAGUAUGUUUAAAUUAAAGUUAAACUACAUAAAUAAUAGAACCAAAAAUAUGUCCACCCUGUGUACCGCAUAAUGAUAUCGAUGGCAUCAAAUGUAUUGUUGUUCUGCGGUGGAUGUUCUGUCAUUAAACAUCUUAGAAAUUCUUACAUCUGGAUCUAAA